AGGCGGUGAGGUGUGUGUGUGAGGCCAAAAGAGGAGGACAGACGCUCAUGUAGGAGACUGUGAGCGUCCAUUGAAAACUUACACUGUUGCAGUUCUGCUUCAGCAACAGUGUCACAGUCACAGCAGGGUGAGUGGGAUCUGCACAGUUACCCUGAGAGUCGUCAUCCCUCUGGGACACAUCGUCUGAUUUCAGGAUGGAAGCUCAUCGUGAGAAGAAAAACACAUGUGGGACAAUUUGCCUGAAGUAUCUACUUUUUCUCUUCAACAUUUGUUUCUGGCUGGCUGGAGGGGCCGUGUUGGCGGUGGGACUGUGGACUCUGGUGGAUAAGAGCGACUACAUCAGUUUGUUGAACUCCAGCUUCUACUCAGCCUCUGCUUCUAUCCUGAUAGUCGCUGGAGUCAUUGUGACUUUGACUGGAAUAAUUGGAUGCUGCGCCACUCUGAAUGAAAAGAGGAGCCUAUUGAUUGUGUAUUUGGUGUUGCUGCUGUGUGUCUUUCUGCUGGAAAUCACAGCUGGAGUCUUGGCUUAUGUUUACCAACAACAGUGUUUCCCUUUCUGCUACCAGCUGGAUGAUGAGCUCAGACAGAACCUAAAGUUAAACAUGCAGCAGAAAUACCUGCAACCAGGCCAGGAGAGCAUCACACUGUCUGUUGACAAGCUACAACAAGAGUUUAAAUGUUGUGGGAGUCACAACUUCUCUGACUGGAGAGACAGUGAGUGGAUCCGGAGAGAAAAAAAUCAACAGCUCGUUCCUGACAGCUGCUGUAAAACUCCCAGUACCCUCUGCGGUCGCAGAGAUCAUCCAUCCAACAUCUACAGGGAGGAGGGAGGAUGCAUUGAGAAACUAGAGGAUUACAUCAGAAGCCAGUUGUAUAUUCUUGGGGGAGUGGGUGUUGGGAUUGCAUUUCUACAGCUUGUAGGGAUGAUGUUCACCUGCUGCCUUUGUCGAAACCUGAAGGAAGACCUGUACUAACGUUGGACCCUUUUAAUAUGACAUACUGUGCAACUUUUAGUUGAAUGAUAUAAAGCCCAACACUUCCCACGAUGUUGCUGUAGAGUUGGAAGCUGAAAUGAUGAAAACUGUUUGAAAAAAUGACAAACACUACAACUGUACUAAUGCUGCUGGACAGCACCAAUCUCUAUUUCACAAGAGGAAAUUCUAGUUAUCUUACAUUUUAUGAUAAAGUAUGAGAUGUAAAUAUACGUCUACGCAAAAUAAAACACACAAUAGAUAAAUACUGUUAAUAAUCAAGAGGUGUCUUUAUGUAGCACAAGGAAUUUAGUAAGGGCUGUGGAAGUCCCUCUCCUCCACUGUGCAAGACAGAAGUAUUUUAUAAAUAUGACUUUACCAGCUCAUAUAAGUUGUAUCUCGUAAUUUUGCCUUAGCUGACUGAUAAUGAUGUCAUACUACCUCAUCAUUAUGCUUCAGGAUCUCAUAAUGCUACUAACUAAUAAAUAUACAGUGUUAUUGUGUUAAGAGAGAAGGACACAGUUAAAUUAUUGUCGUAAGUCGAAUGCAUUCUUUAAGCUUGUUUAGUUGCAAUGCGAAUAAAAUUGAAUUAUUCCCAA